AUGAACACUGAAGAUGAAGAACAACUUUUAUACGAUGCUCGCAAUGGAAACCUUGAAGAGGUUCGAGAACUCCUAGAACGCAGUAGAAAAGGCCAAACCGUGGUUAAUGUUAACUGCAAAGGUAAAAUGAAAUCUAAUUUAGGAUGGACCCCCCUUCACCUUGCUUGCUAUUUUGGACAUGCUCAAGUGGUGGAAGGUUUAUUAAAGGCUGGAGCUGAUGUUAAUAUUCAGAAUGACAUGGGCGAUACUCCUUUGCACAAGGCUGCUUUUACUGGACGUAAGGAACUCGUGAUGUUGUUGUUGGAGUACAAUGCAGACACUACCGUUAUAAAUGGAGAAGGGCAGACUGCAAAAGUUGUCACAGAUGAUAAGGAAAUAAAUGUCAUGUUGGAAGCUGCACAGAGGACACAGGAAAGGAAACUUGAAGAAAUGCUUUUGGGAGCUGCAAGAGAAGGAAACAUUGCAAAGCUGUCAGAAUUACUAAAUCGUGCAACUCCACCCAACAUCAACUGCACAGAUGUGAUGGGCAAUACCCCUCUGCAUUGUGCCGCGUAUCGUGGCUUACGGCAAUGUGCGUUGAAACUCCUAAAAAGUGGGGCUGAUAGUAACCUCAAGAAUAAAAAAAAUCAAAAACCAAUAGACCUUGCACAGCGAAUUGAAAUUAAGCAAGUUCUGCAAACCAAGGUUAACAAGUAUACAAUCAAAACUCUCCAUCGAUUUGAAGGCCCUCUGUGUAAGAGCUCACGUUUUUUUGGUUGGAAACCGUUUUGGGUAGUGUUGGAACAUGGGGUUAUAUCUUGGUACCAGAAACAAAGCGAUGCAGUAAACCACCUGCACCGGCAAGGAUGUAAGCAUCUAACACAAGCCGCCUGCUCGAUAAAACCGACAGACAGAUAUUCCUUCACAGUUAAAUGCUUUGAUGACAGUGUACAUUAUUUUCGAGUUCUGCCAAAAAGCCAUACAAGUCAUACAAGAGAGGAUUGGUUGACUGCAAUUGAAGAGCAUUCUGCAUACAGCACUCAUUACUGUUCCCAAGAUCAAAUUAGUGAUGAUGAAGAUGAAGAAUUGGUUCUUGUAGGAGACUUAAAAGAAUCACUUGGGAAUGCUGAAGUAUGUCACCAAAGACUGGAGAAAGAAGUGCUGACGUUCCUUAAUGCACUGAAGACCUGGGAUUCUACAAAAGAUCCUGAAAUUCACCAACAAAUGAAGCAAGUUACAGAUGCAUCUCAAGAAACCUGUGUUGCGUUGGGUAACUGUCUUCUUCUGUUCACCAAGCAGGACAGGGCAAGAAAUGUUAGACUAGAACACGAGCAAGAGAAAAACAAGAUCUUAUCAGAGGCUUUACAGACUUUGGCUACUGAGCACCACGAGUUGGAACAGUCUUUGGUUAAAGGAAGCCCUCCUCACCACAGUAUUCUCAGCGAAGAUGAGUUCUAUGAUGCUGUCUCAGAUUCGGAGUCUGAGAAGUCUUUGAGCGGAUUCGAGACGGUUACAAACUCUUCUCCAGAAGACAGUUUGGAUUUAAGCUACGUUAAGGAAGGCAGCAUGUCUGGCGAGAAGAAGACUGGAGAAGGGGAGUCUACUUCCAAUGGCAUCAAAAAACACAGAACAAGCUUGCCUUCGCCAAUGUUUUCCAGAAAUGAUUUUAGUAUUUGGAGUAUUUUAAGAAAAUGCAUUGGAAUGGAAUUGUCAAAGAUCACGAUGCCAGUUAUUUUUAAUGAGCCACUAAGCUUUCUACAGCGACUCUCUGAAUAUAUGGAGCAUACGUACCUCAUCCACAAAGCAAACCUGUGUCAGGAUACAGUUGAGAGAAUGCAGUGUGUAGCCGCUUUUGCCGUCUCAGCUGUUGCUUCACAGUGGGAGCGUACAGGAAAGCCAUUCAAUCCUCUGCUCGGUGAAACGUAUGAAUUAGUUCGUGAGGACCUUGGGUUUAGACUCAUUUCAGAACAAGUUAGCCAUCACCCACCAAUUAGUGCAUUCCAUGCAGAAGGGACUACUAAGGACUUUGUGUUUCAUGGGUCUAUUUACCCCAAACUGAAGUUCUGGGGGAAGAGUGUGGAAGCUGAGCCCAAAGGAAUAAUAACUUUGGAACUUCCCAAGCACAAUGAAUCAUAUACAUGGACAAACCCAACUUGCUGUGUACAUAAUAUCAUAGUGGGUAAACUGUGGAUCGAGCAGUAUGGUAAUAUGGAAAUAACAAAUCACAAGACAGGUGAAAAGUGCAUUUUAAAUUUUAAACCUUGUGGCCUGUUUGGAAAAGAAUUGCACAAAGUGGAAGGGUACAUUCAAGAUAAAAGCAAAAAGAAACUGUGUUGUCUGUACGGGAAGUGGACAGAGUGUCUCUUUUCUAUUGAUCCAUCUACAUUUGAAGCAUCUAGAAGGAAUGACAAAAAGAACGGUGAUGAUAAGAAGAAUUCUAAGCAGACCGGGGGAACUGAAGAGCCGGAUGAAAUGCCGCUACCAGACUCUGAAACUGUCAGUGUUAUACCGGGGAGCACUUUGCUAUGGAAGAUAGCCCCACGCCCCUCGAAUUCCGCACAGAUGUAUAACUUCACUAGCUUUGCCCUGUCUUUGAAUGAGCUGGAUAAGGGUAUGGAAAGUAUAAUUCCAAAAACAGACUGUCGGCUACGUCCAGACAUAAGAGCUAUGGAGAACGGUGACAUUGAUACAGCGAGUGAAGAAAAGAAGCGUUUGGAAGAGAAGCAAAGAGCUGCACGCAAGAAUCGCUCCAAGUCAGAUGAGGACUGGAAAACGAGGUGGUUCCACCAAGGCCCAAACCCAUACAAUGGUGGCCAAGACUGGCUCUAUUCUGGAAACUACUGGGACAGAAACUACACUAGCCUACCAGAUAUUUAUUGAAUAAGCCAUACAGCAAACGGAGAAGUCAAGAAGUCUUUCCAGCUGUAUCGGUUGUAGAUCUGUGUGUAUCUGACUUUCAUGGAAUUGCACCUUCUGUAGUACCCUAAAGCCUAGCAUUAAUUUUCAGAGAUCUGUC